CAAGUUUGGCUGAGUUGAGCUAUCAAUUGAGUGAAGAACAAUGGCUGACGAAGAUAACAGUCCGUUUGCAGAGCCCUGUGUGGAUGAGUUCACUGAUCUGCCGAUCAAUAACGAUGAGGAUGAAGGGAGUAGAGGUGAGGCCGAUACCUCCAAUGUGGAGGGAGACGAGGCCCAUGAUGACACCACUACGAUUACUACUACUACUACCACCGCUGGUGCUGGCAUAAUUGACGAGGCGACUACUGCCGUGGUUGAUAAGCCGAGUGCAGUGACCGGCACUGUGGCUUACAACCCUGAGUUGUAUUCCUCGACACAUCAGCACUCGUUUGGUGAUAAGGACGGUGUCAAGGUUGAGAUCAUCGAUGCCGGUAAGAGUCGAGAGGGGCAAAGCAGAGGAUAUAUAGUGUAUACAAUCAGCUGCAACGACCAGAUUGUCAGAAGACGGUACUCAGAGUUCGAGUCGUUGAGGAAUUCGUUGUUGAGGCUGUUUCCGACGCUGGUGAUUCCUCCAAUACCUGAGAAGCAUGCCAUUGCUAAGUACGCCACUGCGCCAACAAAGGCCAAAGAGGACGCUUCCAUAAUUGAGCACAGACGUCGUAUGCUUUCGGUGUUUCUCAAGAGAUGUUUGAACAUCGCGCAGGUCCGUGAAUGCUCUGUCUUCCAGAGCUUUCUGGAUCCGAACUCCAAUUGGAGCGAGGUGCUGACUUCAUCACCACUCUCUGAUAUUCCAAAGAACAUCCUUCAGGCAGACCCGUUGGACCCUGCCAACUCAUCCGCAGCGCACUCUUACCUGCCAGUUCCAUCAACCUCUGUUGUGUUUGUCCGGGAGAAUGAAGAAGAUCGUAAGUUUAAUGCUGUUGAGAACAACGCUAGAGAGUACGAAACAGUCAUCUCUGGUGGUGUGGAAAAGGUCAACAAGAGAGUUAUGAAACAUCUGGGUGAUUUGGCUGAUGAAUUUUCAGAAGCUGGUGGUGUGUUUAACGCAUUCAGCUUACAGGAGUCCUCUGAAUUGGCCCCCACUAUGGAAAAAUUGGGACAAAUCCAUGAUAACUCGUACCUCUCCACUGAAACAUUGGUGAACUCUUUGAACUUUGAAUUCUGUGAACCACUAGGUGAGUCCGUACAGUUUGCCAGUGUUGUCAAGGAAUUGCUCAAGUUUCGACAGCAGAAGUCUCUUCAAAGGGACAUCACAGCUCGAUCCUUGAAACAUCGUUUAAACUACUUGAAGUUGUUAGAAAAGGCUGAGGAAGAGUCUCAAAAGAUUGAUAAAGCAUUACAAGCUGGACAAUCCAAGACAGGGCAAAUCAACUUUGACCGUAAGGCAGCACAACGACAAGAAGAAGAAAGACUACGGCAAGAGAUGGGGGACACAACCCCAUUGCAGCCAAAGAAGCAGUCCAUGUUCAAGAUCCCUGGAAUCUCCAAGAUCUCCAGCAUGAUCAAAGAGUCCAUGGAGUCCGAUUCCGAGGCCUCGAGACAGGCCAACGUCACGAAGACCAAGGAGUUCAUCAACCAGUUGAGACAAACAUACGCAGCUGCAGAUAAAGACCUCAAAUCGGUGACACUAUCUGUAACGUCAGAGAUUGAAAAGUUCCACGAGGAGAAGGACAAAGAGCUGGAGGAAAUGAUAUUGGCAUACACGCGUGCCUUAUUAGACUGGUCACGUAAGAACUUGGAGUUCUGGGAAGAGGUGAAGACGCUUCAGCAGUCUUAGAACGGUAAUCGCUGGCUUCUUCCUCGCCUUGAGCUAUGGAUACCUCGAGACUCACCAUCCAACCUGGAACCUCUCUACGAGUAUAACCAUAGGCCUCCAUGUCUAUAUAUAUAUAACGAUCUGGUGUCCGGGUGUGUAUCUCGUCGCCCUGGAAACGCAAGUCCCCUUUAAGGUUCCCUUUUCAAGUUCCCUUUGUAUGAUUUUAGUACGCUUAUCUCCGAGGCAACG